AUGGUACUUGGGAAUGGCGACCACGCUGCCACGGCCGUAAAUGGCUACCCCGCCAAACCCCACUCUUCCGAGUUGUCUCCCAGGAGCUUCUACGAUGUAUGCAAUGAGCUGCGGAUCAGAGUAGACGCCUUUUUGGCCGAGGACCAGAAGACGGAGGUGUUGCGCAACGUACAGUCGCAGAUGCGCGUGUCAUUGGACGUAGUGGACGAGGCUUUGGCGAGGUAUAGCUUGGAACAGAUCUCGCUUUCGUAUAAUGGAGGAAAAGACUGCCUCGUACUACUGAUCAUGCUACUUGCCUGCCUCGCUCGUCGUCAUCCCUCACCACCACAAUCCUCCCAGUCGAACGACUCGAACGACGCGACAUCCUUCUUCCCCAACCAGUUUCAAGCCGUGUACAUCGUCUCCAAACACCCCUUUGCCGAAGUAGACGACUUUGUCGAAACCACAAGUUCUCAAUACCACCUGGACGUGAAACGAUACGCCAUGUCGAUGAAAGAGGGACUAGGUGCAUACCUAGCGGACCGGCCGAGUGUAAAAGCCAUCUUCGUCGGGACAAGGAGGACAGAUCCCCACGGAGAGAAGCUGACACAUUUCGAUCCCACCGAUUCCGGCUGGCCCGACUUUAUGCGGGUGCACCCGGUGAUUGAUUGGCACUAUGCCGAAAUCUGGGCAUUCAUUCGUCAUUUCGACAUCCCGUAUUGUCCUCUGUAUGACCAAGGAUACACGAGUUUAGGGGGAACGCAAGAUACCCAUCCCAACCCUCAGUUGAAGAAGCAAGGAGAGAAUGGCGCUGGCUUCCGGCCAGCGUACGAGCUGAUGGAUGACGACGAAGAGAGACUAGGUCGGGAUAGAUAA